AUGGUUCCUGAAGAUGAUAAUGAAACGACACCAGAGACCUUCCUACUGACUGGGCUUUCCAGCCAGCCACUCAUGCGCAAGGUGCUCUUUGUUGUCUUUCUCUUCCUCUAUCUAAUGACUCUUAUUGGGAAUGGCCUUAUUGUCCUCUUGAUCGUAGCAGAUCCUCACCUCCUCACCCCCAUGUAUUUCUUUAUAGGCAACCUCUCCCUUCUUGACAUCUGCUAUACUACCAGCACAGUCCCACAGAUGCUGGCCCUCAGCUUCACGGAUAGGCCCACUAUUUCCAAUGCCAGAUGUUUUGCCCAGAUGUGUAUCUCGCUCUUCCUUGGAACGACAGAAUGCAUUCUGUUGGCUGCCAUGGCUUAUGACCGCUUUGUGGCGAUCUGCAUGCCACUCCACUAUACGCUGAUCAUGAACAGAAGGCUGUGUGGCUGUCUGGCUGUCUCCUCGUGGGUCUUGGCCUCCCUGUUGACCCUUGUACCAUCCUUCACCAUGAAGAUCAAACUAUGUGGGCACAAUGUCAUCAACCAUUUUGCAUGUGAAGUUCAGGCUGUUGUGAAACUAGCAUGUUCUGAUAUCUCAGCUGAAAUCAGUGUUUUCACUCUCUUAGUACCCUUUGCCUUCAUUUUGCUGACUUAUGUUUGCAUCAGUCUGGCAGUGCUGAGGAUUCGCUCAGCUCAGCGUUGGAGCAAGGCUCUUUCCACCUGUGGCUCCCAUCUUACAGUGGUUGGGAUCUUUUAUGGCACAGCUAUGGCCAUGUACUUAAGGUCGCCAGGCAGAUCUUCAAACCAGGACAAAUUUGUUGCUGUCUUCUAUGCCAUGGUCACUCCAAUGCUGAACCCUCUGAUCUAUAGUUUGAGGAACAAGGAUGUGAAAGGAGCCUUGUGGAGGGUAAUGGGCAGGAAAAUAGAUCCCUAG